AUGGUACCCCAGGAAGCUCCUGAGUCAGCGCAGUGCCCGAGCCCUUCCCUGGCCAGCCCGAGUGCCAAGGAUGUGCUUCGGAGGAAGCACAAGAGGAAGAGCCGACAGCACCAGCGCUUCAUGGCCCGGAAGGCCUUGCUACAGGAGCAGGGGCUGCUGAGCCCACGCCCGGAGCCAGGACCCUCCCCUCUGCCUACGCUGCCCGGGGCCCUGCCAGGCGUAGAAGCCACCAGCAGUGCGAGACAGCGUCCGCGGGCUGAAUCUGGAGGUACUGGGUGCAGCAGAAAGCCAGCCCCCAGGGACUCUGCCGGCCCCUUGCCCAGCAAGUGCGUGGCCAUCGACUGCGAGAUGGUGGGCACGGGACCCCGAGGGCGGGUGAGCGAGCUGGCCCGCUGCUCCGUGGUGAGUUACCACGGCGAGGUCCUCUACGACAAGUAUGUCCGGCCUGAGAUGCCCAUCGUGGACUACCGCACGCGCUGGAGCGGCAUCACCCGGCAGCACAUGCGCAAAGCCAUCCCCUUCCAGGUGGCCCAGAAAGAGAUCCUCAAGCUUCUAAAGGGCAAGGUGGUGGUGGGUCAUGCCCUGCACAACGAUUUCAAGGCCCUCAAGUACAUCCACCCUCGGGGCCAGACCCGGGAUACCACUUCCGUCCCCAGCCUCCUCAGCCAGCCAGGGCUCCACGUUCGGAAUCGUGUCUCUCUUAAGGACCUGGCCCUGCAGCUGCUGCACAAGAAGAUCCAGGUGGGCCAGCACGGGCACUCGUCAGUAGAAGACGCCGUGACAGCCAUGGAGCUCUACCGGCUGGUGGAGGUGCAGUGGGAGCAGCAGGUGGCCAGUAGCCUCCGGGCCCCCCCGGAGGACAGAGAGCCCGACAGCAGCACGGACAUGGAGCAGUACAUGGAGGACCAGUACUGGCUGGAGGACCUGGCCCAGGGCACCAGCGGAGAUACGGGGGAGGCGCCGGGCAGACGGGAGUGA